AUGGUUACUUCUAACAUCUCCUCCUCUCCUGGGGAUUCACCUCAUCCAUCCUUGGACUCCAGCGGUCUGGUUCCUGCAGUAGUGAUGUCCAUCUGCUUCCUGCUGGGAUUCCCUGGAAAUAUCGCUGUCAUCAUUGUCAAGCCAAACUGGGAGAACAUGUCCAGUCUGAGCCAGAGUUUGAUGCUGAGUCUGGCUGUGUCAGACCUGCUCUGCUUGGUUACCCUUCCACUGUGGAUUUACUCAUUCCUCUAUGGCUGGACCUUUAGUCUGGUGGGCUGCAAACUCAUAACAUACUUUGUGUAUUGCAGUCUUUAUGCCAGUCUGCUGACUGUGACUGUGCUGAGUGUCCAGCGAUACCUUCAGGUCGUUCACCUGCAGAGGAGUUUAAAUCGGGUAAAAGCAAGGAUGCUGCUGGUUCCGCUCUGGCUGGCUGCAAUGAUCCUGUCCACUCCUGCUUUAGUCUUUCGACAGUUAUCUGAAGAUCAGCGAUGGACAAGAUGCAGUAAUCAAUACUCCACCGAGGGCCAGAGGAUGGCUGUAGUGUUGACAGAGACUCUUAUCGAGAUAGUAGUCGGGAGAUUUGGAGUCAACAGUAUCCAUGACACACAACAUAACGUUCGAUUAAUGUGUUGUGUCAGCGUCAGCUCUAAGAGCCGUGCUUAG